UAUGGACCCAAAUCAGGUAACGCCAUCAAUACCAGAAACCGCCGCAAACAUCUUUCACUCUUGUUCACGACACCUGUAAAUACAACCCAAUAUAAUAUGGAUCCAAUCCUCCAUUCUCCAUACUCAAAUCACACAACUAGCUAGAUUUAGUAACUGCAGCAGGAGUUGAUAUCUCGAUCGAUGACAACCAAGGAACGGAAGAUACUGGUGGCGGUGGACGAAGGCGAGGAGAGCACGUACGCGCUGUCGUGGUGCCUGAAAAACGUCGUCGCCGAGAAUUCGAAAGACACCCUCGUCCUCCUCUACGUCAAACCACCGCAAGUCGUCUACACAGCUCUCGAUGGAUCAGGGUAUUUGUUUUCGCCGGAUAUAAUUGCCACCAUGGAUAACUACAGGAACCAGGUAGCUGAAUCCGUGAUGGAAAAGGCCAAAAAGCUUUGCAAAGAUCUUCAAGAUGUGAAGGUGGAGACGAGGGUGGAACAGGGUGAUCCGAGGGAUGUGAUCUGCAGUGCGGCGGAGAAAAUGGGUGUGGACAUGGUGGUGUUGGGCAGCCAUGGAUACGGAUUGAUUAAGAGGGCAUUUCUUGGAAGUGUGAGUAAUCACUGUGCGCAAAACGCCAAGUGUCCGGUCUUGAUAGUCAAGAAGCCCAAAACCUCUGCCGCUGCAACUUCCACUUGAAGUUGAAGUUGUUGUUAGUGUCGUGUUAUGUUAUUAUUUAUGCAUUGAAGUUUGUACGAUGGUUAUUGUUGCUGUUUUACUUUUAAGUUUAUUGCGUUUGGUAUUUUGAAGGCAUUGUAAAUAUGAGACGAGCUUAUGAACAUAAUGAAAUAUCAGUGGUAUUAUAUGAA